AUGCCUUGUGAUGGGAAAAAUCAAAAUUGCGAUCGUCGACGAGAGCUUUUGUCGCAAUUAAAAUGCCUUGUCAGUUCAAUGGAUCGCAAAAAACCAUGUGAAUGGGAUGAACCACCAUGUCCACCUCCAGCUUGCAUGCCCGAUGGUUCAGCUGAUCCAUCAACGCGCUGUAUGCCGAUUAAAGCCGUAAAAAGUGUUAACUUUCGUGGCAGCGUUAUGUAUAGAUGCGAAUGUAUAAAAAGAAACGGGCUUCAAGAUCGCUGUAUGAUGUUGGACUGCAUGGGUCGUCCAGAAUGUAUGACUAAAUUAUAUCCAAUUUGCUAUCCUGGUAGAGCGGCUUUGCUGAAACUAACAGAUCUUGGAGACACUCAAACCGCAUUAGACAAAUUUUAUGCUGCUGAUAAAGCCCGCGAGUCAGCACUAGCAGCCUACUGUCGACUUGUUUGUCCUGAAACGAAUACUGAUGGUUCUCAAUGUGCUCCGCCUCUAUUGAUAACUCCACCACAAUCACUGCAAGAUGGCUAUCAAUACCAGCACCAGCAGCAGCAGUGUAAUCAACCACAUUGUCAACCAUGUCACCAAAGUCCCGACCAAUCUUACAGAAUACAACAACAUCCGUCUAAUCAAGGCCCUGGAAAUCAAUUACCUAGUCAGCAUUGUCAGCCAUGUUAUCAAAGUCCCAAUCAAUCUUAUAGAGUAAAAUCUUAUCCAUGUUAUCAAGCUCCUGGAGAUCAAUUCUCUAAUCAACAUUGUCAACCGUGCUAUCAAAGUUCCAAUCAACACCAGCCUUACAAUCAACCAGUACAAAAACAGUCACCGCGUUAUCAGUCAUGUCAUCAGGCUGGAGAUUACUAUCAAUCAAACCAAAGAAACCAACCGCACUGCCCUUAUCAGUCAUCUCAAUCUCCCCAAUACCAACGGUAUCAAUCAGGUCCAUCUCCACGCGCUCCUUGUAUGAUUCCGAACUAUGUACAUUGCUAA